GUGGAGAAGAGGCUUAUUGAGAGGCACUGAGAGGCUGAGUCGAAAGCCAAACUGAGAGAGGAUGCAUCGCAUCGAAUUGUCGUUUGCCACAUCUGCGCAUCCGCAUCAAGUUGUCAGAUUCCCUCCGUUAACAGCCGUCUGCCGUCAUCCUCAUGAAUCACUCCGCGAGAUCCCUCCUCUUCCUUGUUGCAGUACAGGCCGCACACAUCCAGUACGCAGAUCUCUCGCUCUUUCUCUCUUUGUCUUGUGCGCUCAUGCUGCCUGUGUUCUGUGUGCGUAUGUCUCCAUCACCAGGUCGUCCACUACCCCGCCGCCAGCUGUGUCAAGCAACACCGACACAUCAGUGGACGAUUACGGUGUGUGGCGGACAGACGACGAGCAGUACACGCCUGUGAGGACGGCCCCGCAUUACCACCAUCUGGCCAUUGAGGACCUCAUGUGGGUGGACCUCUCCGCCGUCAGCACAAUCGAGAGCAUCGUCCUCAACUUCAAGAACGGCGAUGAGGUACGCCGACGGAUGGCUGGGUGGGCACAACAAGCAUUGAUGUUACUUGCUCUCUCUCUCUCUCUCUGUGUGUGUGUGGAUGGAUGGAAUGGUCAGUUCUACGGCCUGGUGACAGGCAUCGUGCGGAAGGGCCGCAAGGGCGAGAGCCAGCAGGAGUCAACUGGCCCCGCCAUGACCGUCUACUUCGGCGGCUUCAUUCUCGAGCUCUACAUCAGUGAGCACACACGAUCACACACACACACUCACACACAUCCACAGUCCACACACCUCUUUCGUCUGGCUGUCUGUCUGUCUGUCUGUCUGGUCCUUCAUUCAUUCAGAUGGUCUGGUCCUCUACGGAGCCAACGGUGGUCAGGUGCUGCAUCAGGCGCGCUUCACCACCUUCAAGGUGCCCGCCUCACCCAACCGCACCAACACCAACACGGACACCACCACGACCAGCAGCAGCAGCAGCCAUAACCUGCGCCAAAGGGCCCUUCAGGGGGGAGCCUUUUUCGGCCCUGGCUCGGCAUUCGACGGCGCGUUUGGCGGCCCCAUAUCAGCCGUCGACUCGGACCGCCGGCUCGACGACUGCCCCGCCGGUGGGUGCGGCACGGCGCGCAUCGGGCGGGGGCUGAAUCGCCGCCGCGCGCAGAACUGCCAGUGGCAGACGGGGGUUGAAGGUGGCUACGAUCCGUGUAAUAGUCCUGCGGUAUCGACUGCCAACUUGUUCGACCCCACGAGGGAUCAGAUGCUGGGCAUCGAUCCGGUCAGCUGCAACGACUUCAUGACCUUUGGCUGCAACUUCGAGCAGAGGAAUGGGUGGGCUUAAGCAGGGGGAGGGGGAGGGGGAGAGUGGAGUGGAUGCUCCUUCGUUUUGUGAAUAUGGGCUUGUUUGUCAACUAGAGGUGCUGGGUGCUGGUGUGAACACUAUGUGAAUAGACAUUGGCAGGUAGGGAGGGGUCGGUUGGUAUGUGUUCCUGUGCCUGUCUGGUGAGUGUAUGCUGUCCACCAGCUGCUUGCUGCCUACGUCAUUGCACACAUGGAUGGAUGAUUGGAUGGAUGGAUGAGUGCGUCCAUUCGUGUGUGGACAUACGAUAAUGCCCCACUGUGUGUGUCAUUGAGUACGAUGAUGCUUGAACAAUGAAUCAGCCCAUCAAUCAUGGUGUACACAGAGAGACACGUACGAUCACACGUGAGGUGAAGGGAAGGUAGAUCGUUUCGACUACCGACACUCUACCUGGAAGCCCGUAUGAUACGAUUCCUGCCCAAAGCAAAGGCGGCCUUCAC